GGGGCCGGGCUCUGCCUGAUUGGGAGGUGGGGGAUGUGACUGAUAAAUCAGUGCCGGGCGGCGGCCCGAACCCGCUGUCUCCAAUGUUGAACCUGCAGAUCGCCCUGCUGCGGUGGGCCGCCUUUCUGGCGCCGCCGGCUGUGCGGGAGGCCUUGGUACCCGCUCCGGGCUCCUGGCUCUUCACGCCGACUUACAGGCCAUACCCACGCGGGCGGCCUCACGCCGCGGCCCCGCCCUGCGCUCCUCCCCCGACCGAUGCUCGGCCUCCGGGCGGGGGCCAGGCUCUGGCUGAUGGUUGCAGUCCCUCCUCGGCGCUAAAGCGGGCUGGCGGGCCGCUGAUGGACGGAACGACAUCCACCAACACGCUCCCUUCCUGCGGGGAGACCUUACCGCCGUCUCCACUCGUCCUGAUUCAGGUGGCGACAGCCGAGGAGGAGCCCGCGGCCCAGCCUUCUGCAGGCAGCGGCUCCGACCAGGAGGCGAGCCCGGGGCCGAAAAACAGUGGAGCAGAUGAUGAUGUGGGAGCUGAGUGGAGAACCCCAGACCCUGAGUUGGUGCAGAAACUUGUUGCCCAGAUUGAAUAUUAUCUCUCUGAUGACUAUCUGAAAAAUGAUGCGUUUCUACUAAAGCACGUGAGGAGAAAUAAGAUGGGCUAUGUCAGUGUUAAACUUCUGACCUCUUUCAAAAAGGUAAAACAUCUCACUCGUGACUGGCAAACAACUGCUUUUGCUCUCAGGAACUCGGAGCUUCUAGAACUAAAUGAAGAAGGUAAAAAAGUGAGAAGGAAGUCAGCUGUUCCAGUUUUCCCAAGCGAACAUCUUCCUAGUCGGAUGCUGCUGGUGUAUGAUAUGCAUUUGUGUCCAGAAUUUCAAGUUUUAAAUCCUAAUUCAGAAUGUGAAACUGCUGGCUUACAAGAGAGGAUAAUGGAGCAUGCGCUGAAGGCAUUUGGUGUGUUCGGUCCAGUCGUCUCUGUUCGGGUACUGAAAUUGGGGAAGGAGCUUCCUGCAGAUGUGAAAAGGUUGAGCAAUCGUUACUCUCAGCUGGGAACAAAAGAUUGUGUCAUUGUAGAGUUUGAAGAUGUUGAAUCGGCAAUCAAGGCACACGAGUCACUUGGGAAAAUGGAAGAAAAGGGGAUGAAAGUGGUGCUAAUAGGGAUGAAGCCGCCAAAGAAGAAAGUAGUCAGAGAGAAGAAUAGAGAGGCUGAAGAUGUUAGCAAAAAUGAGGCGAAGAGCGGCUCUGCCAAUAAGCGAGUGGAGGAGUUGCAGUUCAUGUGUGAAGAUUGCUCAGCGUGCAGCUCUUCUGAACCGGAGAGUAACCCUGCAUCUCCUAUGCUUGGCCGCAAGUCUCACCUCAAUAACCAGCUGAUCCCCGGUACCUACAAGAACAAUCACCUGAGUCCUAACGCUUCUCCCCGAGUGAGCCCAUGGAGCAGCCCGCGCUCCAGCCCAUCGCUGCAGCGGAAAGACCCCGCUUUGCACAAGUCCCCACUUGUGGUCAAUGCUAAGCUCGGUGGUGCUGUAAAUACUGAGGCUGUGAGCAAGUGGACUGACUAUUCAUCGGACAGCAGCAUCACGCCAUCGGGCAGCCCCUGGGUACAAAGACGGAAGCAAGCACAGGGAAUAUCGCAUGAGAAUACUCCAGUCGGCAGCCCCAUGCCUUCCAGAAAGAUGCACAACUCGGCUGGGCUCCCUUCUGGAGUGAUCCGAAUGCCCAGAGGACCAGAUGGUACAAAAGGAUUCCAACCUCUUGCAGAGAGGAGCAAGCCACUUGUAAUCUGAGGGUUUUUCACUUUUGUAAUCUACCUAAUUAUCCUUUGGAAUUGUGUUGGACUUAGUACAUGGUAAAUUGAAAUUAUCUCAGUUAAACCAGAUAUAAUGUAAUUUAAAUGUAUCCAUUUUACUCUGUUCUGUUAGUAUUUCAUCUAACUGCAGAAGUAAACUGCAUUUUUUUAAAUUUCAAGUAUUUUGGGUGAAAUAUCCUACUUUUUUUUUAUUUUACAGCCAUUGUUUACAAGUAGAUGUUAUCCUAAUCCAUUGCCAACCUGCCAGUGCUAUGAAAGUAGGGCCGGUUGUCGGGGGUCCUGGAACUAUGAAUUUGUGACCAAAGGUGCAGGGAGCAAUGUUGUCCAGAGUGAUGAGCUGAGAUUUGCACUUGGUCGAAAAGUUGGUGUAUAUUGCUGUCAUGUAAAUAAAUACAGAUUAAGCAUCCUU